UUUUGUAUUUGUUCACAAACUCGUAGCAUUCCCUAUUCCCUAACCUUAGGAGUCAGGAGUUGGGAGCAGCCGCAGAACGCCGCCCCAACUCCAAACCCCACCGAGCAUUUCCAUAGGCUCAUCUUAUCAAGCGAACCUCAAGGGCUCUGUACCAAGAACCCUAACUAACCUCUUCAAAUUUAACCAAAUCCCAGUGUUAAAAAGACUGAAACCAGAAACCCCACGAAGAUUAAAAAUAAAAAAUGUCCUGUAACUCAGCUAUAUUUCAGGGCUAUCUGAGGACAACUGCCAUGUCUCUGAGACCCACUUCCCUCCAACUCAACAACACCCCUAAAACACUUUUAAAACUUUCUUUCUUCUCCUUUCUCUAUACGACCCAAUCCCCUGGUUCUUUCCGGCGUUUGCAUUUGAGGCGUGGCCUCGUAACGUGCUCUAGGUCUGGUGCUGCUGCUGCUUCUUCUUCCAGGACUCUUGCCUUGGAUCGGAGGAACAUUUUGUUGCCUUGUUUGCAGCAGCAGCAAAGCUUUAAUUAUGGCUCCGAUGCUUACCGGGAUGUUUCCAGUGAUGACUCAGACCACGAAUUCGGGUCUCCACAGUCUCAAAUGGGUGCUUCAACCAUUGACAAUAUUGAUGAAUGGAGAUGGAAAUUUACUAUGCUUCUUCGAAACAAGGAUGAGCAAGAGAUAGUAUCUAGGGAGAGAAAGGACAGGCGUGACUUUGAGCAACUUUCAGCUCUAGCAACCAGAAUGGGCUUACAUAGCAGCCGCCAAUAUGCAAAAGUAGUCGUUUUUAGUAAACUUCAGCUGCCAAAUUAUAGAUCUGAUCUUGAUGAUAAGCGCCCACAAAGAGAGGUAAUCUUACCUUUUGGCCUGCAAAGAGAUGUAGACCUUCACCUCAAAGCUUACCUUUCUCAUAAGGCUAUGAGCAAUGGUAGCUUUUCAGAUAAGUCUUUGCCGAGAUCAAGUGGUGGUGGAAGAAUUGCUGCAGAUGAAGUACCUAUUGAGCAUCAAGAGUCCUUUACACAGAAUAGUGUUGUCAUGGAGAGGAUUCUUCGGCGGAGAAGUUUGCAACUCCGUAAUAAGCAACAAGAAUGGCAGGAAUCUCCUGAAGGCAAAAAGAUGCUUGAAUUUCGUAGAAGCCUGCCUGCAUAUAAAGAAAGGGAUGCAUUGCUAAAUGCUAUCUCACAGAAUCAGGUGGUUGUUGUCUCUGGUGAAACUGGUUGUGGUAAAACCACACAACUUCCUCAGUACAUAUUAGAAUCUGAGAUUGAAGCUGCUCAUGGAGCUUCCUGUAAUAUUAUUUGUACUCAGCCUAGGAGAAUAUCUGCUAUGGCUGUUUCCGAAAGAGUUGCUGCAGAAAGAGGGGAGAAAUUGGGAGAAUCUGUUGGUUAUAAAGUACGCCUUGAGGGAAUGAAAGGAAGAAACACCCGCCUUCUUUUUUGUACAACUGGCAUUUUACUUAGGCGGCUACUUGUUGACAGGGAUUUGAGAGGUGUAAGUCAUGUUAUUGUUGAUGAGAUUCAUGAACGUGGAAUGAAUGAAGAUUUUCUUCUUAUCGUGUUGAAAGAUCUCCUUCCUCGUAGGCCAGAGUUGAGAUUGAUUUUGAUGAGUGCAACUUUAAAUGCUGAGCUCUUUUCCUCUUACUAUGGUGGUGCCCCAACAAUCCAUAUUCCUGGUUUUACUUAUCCUGUCCGAUCACAUUUUCUGGAGAAUAUUCUAGAGAUGACUGGGUACAGGUUAACUCCAUAUAAUCAAAUUGAUGAUUAUGGUCAAGAAAAGAUGUGGAAAAUGCAGAAACAGGCCCAAUAUCUUAAAAAGAAGAAGAGUCAGCUAACUUCUGCAGUUGAGGAUGUACUUGAAAUUGCUGACUUCAGGGGGUGUAGUUUACGGACUCGACAGUCUUUAUCCUGUUGGAAUCCUGACUCAAUUGGUUUCAAUGUCAUUGAGCAUAUUCUUUGCCUCAUAGUAAAGAAAGAGAGGCCUGGUGCUGUUUUGGUUUUCAUGACUGGUUGGGAUGACAUAAACUCUCUAAAAGAUCAGCUCCAGGCUCAUCCUCUCCUUGGGGAUCCUAGCAAGGUGUUGUUGCUUGCAUGCCAUGGUUCCAUGCCUAGCUCUGAGCAGAGGUUAAUAUUUGAGAAGCCUGAAGAUGGAGUGAGGAAAAUAGUUCUAGCUACUAAUAUGGCUGAGACUAGCAUCACCAUCAAUGACGUGGUUUUUGUGGUUGAUUGUGGAAAGGCAAAAGAAACUUCCUAUGAUGCACUAAAUAAUACACCUUGUUUGCUUCCAUCUUGGAUAUCAAAGGCUGCUGCCCGCCAAAGAAGGGGAAGAGCUGGUCGUGUUCAACCUGGCGAGUGUUACCAUCUUUAUCCCAAAUGUGUUUAUGAUACUUUUGCUGAUUACCAACUUCCAGAGCUUUUAAGGACACCGUUACAGUCUUUAUGUUUGCAAAUCAAAAGUCUAGAGCUUGGAGGUAUCACUGAGUUCCUUUCUAGGGCAUUGCAGCCCCCAGAACUUCUGUCGGUGCAAAAUGCUGUUGAAUAUCUGAAGAUUAUUGGAGCUUUAGAUGAGAAUGAGAACUUAACAGUGCUAGGACACAACUUGUCAAUGCUUCCGGUUGAGCCUAAACUUGGGAAAAUGCUGAUACUGGGGGCUAUUUUCAGCUGUUUAGAUCCAAUAACGACUGUUGUUGCUGGGCUCAGUGUCAGAGAUCCAUUCCUGAUGCCAUUUGACAAGAAAGAUCUUGCUGAAUCGGCAAAAGCCCAAUUCUCAGGCCAGGAGUACAGUGAUCAUAUUGCACUUAUCCGAGCCUACGAGGGUUGGAAAGAAGCUGAAAGAGAGCAGUCUGGUUAUGAGUAUUGUUGGAAGAAUUUUCUUUCUGCACAAACUCUCAAGGCCAUUGACUCUCUACGAAAGCAGUUUUUCUAUUUGCUCAAGGCUACUGGUCUAGUUGAUCAAAAUAUAGAAAACUGCAACAAAUGGAGCCAUGAUGAGCAUCUCAUCCAAGCAGUCAUUUGUGCUGGCUUAUUUCCAGGGAUAUGCUCUGUUGUGAACAAAGAGAAGUCAAUUGCACUGAAAACAAUGGAGGAUGGUCAAGUUCUUCUACACUUGAAUUCAGUGAAUGCUGGAGUUCCCAAAAUUCCAUACCCAUGGCUGGUUUUCAAUGAAAAGGUAAAAGUGAAUGCAGUAUUCCUCCGCGAUUCAACGGGUGUUUCUGAUUCUGUGCUGCUCUUAUUUGGAGGGAACAUUUCAAGAAGUGGACUAGAUGGACAUCUAAAAAUGUUGGGAGGAUAUUUGGAGUUCUUCAUGAAACCUGAUUUAGCUGAUACAUAUUUAAGCUUGAAAAGAGAGCUCGAGGAACUAAUUCAGAAGAAACUUUUGAACCCUAGAUUAGAUAUGCAAUCAAGCAAUGAGCUCCUCUCAGCAGUAAGAUUGCUGGUCUCAGAAGACCAAUGUGAGGGCAGAUUUGUCUUUGGCCGUCAGGUGCCAGUAUCAUCAAAGAAGACAGCUAUAGUGAAAACACCAGGUACAGGCGGGGCUGAUAAUUCAAAGAGUCAGCUGCAAACAGUGCUUGCCAGGGCUGGACAUGGAGCACCCAUCUACAAGACAAAACAGCUAAAGAACAACCAGUUCCGAUCCACUGUGAUCUUUAAUGGGCUGGAUUUUAUGGGGCAGCCUCGCAGCAGCAAAAAACUUGCAGAGAAGGAUGCAGCUGCUCAGGCUCUUCUGUGGUUGAGGGGUGAAGACUAUUCAUCUUCCAGAGAUAUUGACCAUGCAUCAUUGCUUUUGAAAAAGAGCAAAAACAGGAGAACUUAGGUCAGUGAUAAGUGGAAUACUAAGUGGAGUUGACUUGAUUCUAAGUUUUUAAGUGAUAAUGUGUCAUUGUUAUCACUUAUCAACCAAGCAGAAAGAUGAGAGCCCCUGGUUUACAGCAACAGUACUGAUGCACCGUGAUGUCAGAGUUCAGUGUUUCUAUAUAGUAUGCAAGUUGGAAUUUAUUGAACCUAGGACUUGCCGGCUUCUAGAACCCUUGUUUUUCAAAUGGGGUGAAAGGUAAUACCCUUGAGAGCCAGAAACUGGGGUGAAUGAUCCUUCGGGGGCAGAAACUGGAGAUUUCACCUAUCUCAAAUUUAUGCCAGGUGAGUGGAAAUUUUGAAAAGGUUGUUCUCUGUGUUGGCUCUUAUUUUCCGAAAUUUACUGUCGUACAAGGUUAGUGCUAUUACUUCAUAUCUUAUUGUUACUAGUGUAGCCAUAAAAUAUGAACAACAGUUCUUUGUAGAAGCUAAGAGUUGGCAAGGUAGUUGUAGAUGUAAAUCACAAGGCAUCCGUAUGGUUAUUUAUGUAUAAAUUCCAGCACAUAUUUUUGUCAAAGCUUGAUGAAAAAGCCUUUGAUCACUGCUUGCAAUGAACUUCCCCAACUGUGUACAGUCUCUUGUUGAUCCAAGUUGAGAAUCCUUAUAUACUAAAUUCGGUAGAGAAUAUGUCUUUAGACUUUUAGUCAUUGAUCUUCCAGAUAUUUCCUCUUUCCUUUUGAAGACAAUUAUGUUGAGCCUGGGGAUCUGUGAAAUUACACUUUAUAAGCAUGAAUGUGACUGAUCGAGCUUGAUAAUGCAAGUUGUCUCCUUUUGUUAA